AGCCGAGUGAUCCUGAUCCAGAAGAAGAGGAUGAUAAAUCAAAACCUGAGCUCGUUGUUCAUCGGACUGUUGGGUGCAACAAUAACACUCUCUGCAUAUUCACAAGACGUCAUGUCUCCGACACAAUGCAUCGGAACAGGUCUCUUUGUUCUCAUGUUUGGUCUUCUUGUUAAGGAAGGUUUCAUCUCUUUUUAGUUACUGACUACUUAUGUAGCUCUAGCUCUCUUCUUUUUCUUUUCUUUGUGUAUUUUGAGCUACUUUGCUUACAGCCUUACAAUAUGUAUGUCGUUGUUGUUUCCAAAUUCCAAGAUUGGUUAUGUAGUUUGGUCUUUCUAGUUUCUAUCUAUAAACAUGUGAGUUUGUGUUCCACAAUAAGAGGAGUACCCUUUUACCGUA